AUGCGGUUCCGUGCUCGCGCGGCAGCCCUAGCGAGCGGCGAAGAGCUCCGAGAAAAUAUGGAUGGACCUGUUGAUGACCCUGUGGAGAACAACCUCACCGGAAGUCCUAGUACCCUUGGCAAUGAGGAAGAAGCCAAUACUUAUACUGAUGUGCAAGUCAAGGAGGAACCAGAAAAGCUCUAUGACGAGGAAUCCAAGGACCCAAUGCAAGACGAGUUGGGUAACCAAGAGCAUGCGAACAUGAACAAUGAAGAUGUGGGAGGUCAGAACAAAGAGGACCAAGCUACCCCCACAGAGCACGGUGAGGAAGCUGGAGUGAAGCAGCAGGAUGCUACAGUUCCUGAUGACAAGAAGUGGCCUGGGUGGCCUGGAGAGAGUGUGUUCCGUAUACUGGUUCCUACCACAAAGGUGGGUGCUGUCAUUGGGCGCAAAGGGGAUUUCAUCAAGAAAAUGUGUGAGGAAUCCAGAGCUCGCAUCAAGGUUCUUGAGGGACCACCAGCUGUGCCAGAAAGAGCGGUAAUGAUUUCAGCAAAGGAUGAACCAAACACAGUGCUACCUCCAGCUAUUGAUGGGUUGCUUAGAGUUCAUAAAAGGAUAACAGAUGGUUUAGAUGGUGAAACUGAUCAGCCUCAACGAGCUACUGUCACCGCUGGGCCGACAAGGCUGCUGGUCCCGGCGUCCCAAGCUGGCAGCCUGAUUGGGAAGCAAGGAGCAACUAUUAAAUCAAUACAGGAUGCUUCAAAGUGCGUUCUCCGGAUUGUUGAGAAUGUUCCACCUGUUGCAUUAAAUGAUGACAGAGUUGUAGAGAUACAGGGUGAACCUCUUGAUGCUCACAAAGCCGUGGAACUGAUUGCAAGCCAUUUAAGAAAAUUUCUUGUUGACCGCAGUGUCCUCCCUUUGUUUGAAACACAGAUGAAAGCGCACAAUGUGCACAGAGAGCAACCUAUGCCUCCUCCACAGGCAUGGGGCCCCCCUCCGCCCUCACCCUGGGGUCAUCCACCACCAAACCUUCCUCCUGGUGGCCCAGGUUAUGGUGGGAACCCUCAGUACAUGCCUCCACCUCCACGGCCACAAGAGAGCUAUUAUCCUCCUCCUGAUGUGCGCCCUGUAGAAAAGCAACCACAUUAUGGAAUUUCUUCAUAUGGACGCGAUGCACCUCCGAGUGCUCCCCCAGGGAAUCAAAACCAAGCACAUGGGUCUUCUCAGGUGACACACAGCAUGGAAGUUCCUCUUUCCUAUGCUGAUGCUGUGAUAGGGUCAGCUGGUGCCAGUAUCAGCUACAUCCGCAGGCAUAGUGGAGCAACUAUAAGUAUUCAAGAAGGUGCUCCUGGGGAGAUGACAGUGGAGAUAACAGGAAGUGCUUCACAAGUACAAACUGCUCAACAGCUAAUCAAGAAUUUCAUGGCUGAAGCCUCUCCCCAGGGACCACCAGCUCCAGCUCCACCCGCUCAACCAAUGGACACAGGUUACAGCUCGUAUCCACCUUACGGUGGAGCAUCAUAUGGGUCUCCUCCCGGCGCGCCAGCUCCAGCGCCUCACAACGGCGGAAGCUAUGGCGCUGGACCAUACCCGCCGAGCUAUGGAUACUAA